GGGACAUUCGAUUGUUUACAAAUCUACGUGGCGAUGAUACUUCGUUAAAUGAUAAUAAUAAUAAUAAUAAUACAUUGAUUGUAUUAUUAAAUUUUUUUUUUUAUAUAACAUAUGUUUAUUGAUAUGUGUAAUCUACAAUCUACACAUCAUGUUAACCAAAAAUAGAAUAAUGAAAUACAUCUUUCAAAUUCUUUGUCAAACUAUUAAAAAAUUCAAAUAUUGAUGAUAAUAACAUAGCCUUAUCUCUACUCUCCUCGAAUUCAAUGUGAUGUGUCAAUGUUAUAUAACUCUGUCACGAAAAGUGGCACCUUCAGUAUUUUUAAAUCGCGAUACACUCAGUUUAUCGCCAACCUCAACGAAAGUCAGAUUAAUUCAUUGAAGAUUAAAGAAAGGCAUACCACAAAAUCAAAAUGGCAAAUGAGUCUUGGAAUGUACUGGUGACGGGUGGUGCUGGUUAUAUUGGUUCUCACACUGUUUUGGAACUACUACAGGCCAACUUUCAGGUGGUGGUAAUAGACAACCUUAGUAAUGCCUAUAAAGGAGACAUUGAUGAUAAACCUGAAUGUCUUAUAAGAGUUGAAAAACUAACAAAUAAAAAGGUUACAUUUAUAAAUUGUGAUAUAACUAAUAUAGAUGAAUUGAAGAAUUUAUUUGCAAAGCAUACUUUUCAAUGCGUCAUACACUUUGCUGCACUGAAAGCAGUUGGUGAGUCUUGCUUAAAACCUCUAGAAUAUUAUGAAGUCAAUGUUGGAGGUACUUUAAAUCUCUUGAACGUAAUGAGAGAAAAUAAGGUCAAACAGUUUAUAUACUCCAGUAGUGCUACUGUAUAUGGUAUUCCGGAAAAACUUCCAUUAGUAGAGACUAUGAAGACUGGAAAUUGCACAAACCCAUAUGGAAAAACAAAGUAUAUGGUUGAAGAAAUUUUGAAAGACCUUUGCUUAUCUGACAAGGAAUGGUCAGUUAUAUCUCUUAGAUACUUUAAUCCAGUUGGUGCACAUCCUUCGGGACAAAUUGGAGAAGAUCCUAAUGGUAUUCCAAAUAAUUUAAUGCCUGUAAUAGCUCAAGUUUCGGUUGGAAAAAGAAAGUCAGUUGAUGUUUAUGGUAAUGAUUACGAUACUCCUGAUGGAACGGGUGUUCGAGAUUAUAUUCAUAUUAUGGAUUUAGCUGAUGGCCAUGUUAAAGCAUUGAUUUAUCAAAAAGAUCAAAGUCCAACUGGAUUUAAUCCUAUAAAUUUAGGUACUGGUAAAGGAUAUUCCGUUCUAGAAAUUCUUCAAGCAUUUGAAAAAGCAUCAGGAGUAAAGAUACCAUACAAGAUAGUGGACCGUAGACCUGGUGAUAUAUCAACUAGCUACGCUGACGCAAAUUUAGCAUUUAAACUGCUGAAUUGGCGUGCUGUAAAAAAUAUAGAUGAUAUGUGUGCAGAUACGUGGAAAUGGCAACAAAGUAAUCCAAAUGGCUAUAAGCCUACUUAUCAUGUGCUUAAACAUGCCAUUGUUUAAAUAAUAAGAAAUAUGUACAUUUUGUUUUUAUAUGCAUAUAAGAGGUAUGCUCUAGCAGCACGAAAUGUCGGUGGUGUAUAGUUACCAAAGUUUAGACCAAAGCCUAAGGUGAAAACAUAUCUGUAAUAUAUCUUGUUAUACAAAUUUUGAUAAAUAUGACAAAUUAAUUGAUCAAUUGAUAAAUCACGUUAAUUUGAUUUUAUAUUUUCACAUAGUUUUAUGUUAAGUGCAAUGCCAGUGUCAUUCCUAAUGUUUAGUAAUAAUAGAUACGUUUUGUUCCUUUUCUUUAUUAUCUAAUAUUUAGUGAUACUUAUAUUUGUUGUACAAAUAUAAAAAAAUAUUGUAUAUUUAGAUUUCUAAAUUGUGUGCCAUGUGUUAAAAUUAGUU